CGCCGCCAGUUGUCAGCUCCUUGCAAUCAGAGUCCUACUCAGCGGCCAUGCAUCCCCAUCUCCACACCGAGGAGGUCCAGAAGGGUUGCGCCGAUGUAGUCGCUGCCCUCGACGAAUGCCACGCCCGCGGCUUCAUGCACAAGGUCUUCGGCGGAUGCACCGAUGCGAAAUACAAAGUCAACAUGUGUUUGCGCGCACAACGGCUCGAGAAGACACGACUGAACCGCGAAGCGGCGAAGGAGAAGCGGGAGCACAUCAAGAAAGUCUGGGCCGAGAUUGACGCGAACUCGUAGUCGUGUGGUGUGAGAGAAAGGGACAGAACAGCAUGCAUUUCCUGGAGUUCGAUUGGAGUUCACUCGUGAUGGAGCUUUGUAUAUUAUUGUGGAGUUGCGUGGGACAGCGGCACUGUCUAUACCCACAGUGUAACAGGUAGCAUGCACGAAAGAAGAAGCUUGAGAUCAACCAUCUGGUUGGUGGUAUCAAUCAACUAUCUACUCUCCAUCGGACG